AUGUUUAAAGCGUCUUCACAAAGAUUCCUAUACUUGACUUCUGUGGUGCUCGCUAAAGGCGUUCAUCCUCAGCAGCCCGCUUCUCACCGAGUGAAGGGUCUUCCGCGUUUGCAUGGCAUUAUUACGGGGUUUAAGAACCGCCGAGGGUACGGCUUCGUUGUCGCUCAUGGCACUGUUGGGGUCCCACCAGCAAACCUUCCCGUUCCUCUGGAUAGGCUCCUGACCAAAUACUUCUUUACCCGUGCGUCGUUAUCCGGUGGGUUUCGCGUCAAUGAGGGCGACCAUGUCUCAUUUGAGGUUUGGGGACGCAAGGGUGCGUUGCCGCUGCUGGUGUCCGGGUCGGGUUCGUUUGGGGAAGCUUCUUCGCCGAGCGGUGGUUAUGUGCCGCUGCAUGAGAGCGUGGUGGAACCAGUCGUGACCUCUAAGAAAGCAGAGCUACCCGACGACGGCAUGGACAGCGACGGACAGCUGUUGCAUCUUGCGAUGCGAAUGCGCUUCUAUAACAUUGAAACUAAGGUGGAAAGUCCCAUCACGCCCACUACACUCUGCGGUAAAGUCAUUAAAUGGGACCCGAUUGAGGGCCGCGGGGUUGUUAGUGAGCUCGAUAUGGACGGAAAUUUCCAUUACGAUGCCCCGUGCUUUGAGCUCACAUUGGAUGAGACAGACCUUGCCCCGGGCACAGAGUUGCGAGUUGGGCGUUACGUUAAGUUUUGUGUCGAUGAGGAAGAUGGGCGUGAUGAUACAGGGGGCUCCCUUCUCACGCCCAGCAUGUCUGGUAAAGGCGGUGGUGACAUGGCUCCCGCUGCUUCUGUGGCCAGUGGUGGCACACAACCUGCGGGAUCAGCGGCGCCGCUGCGACAAGCACGCGCUGCUAUUAUUGAUAGAGCAGCCGAGCGUAAGAACGCCGUGGUAGGAGUCCCUCUCGUUCCAGCCUCGGCACCCUGCGGCUCCGUGAAUGAACUUACGCGCUUUUCUGGUACCAUUCGCAUGGUUGAGGAGAACUUUGGAUUCGUGACGGACGACCUUGAAGGUGAUUCUAUUUUCUUUCAUAUGACAAAUGCCUCAUCUCAGGGGCUGCAGGAGGGUGAAAGAGUUACGUACUUACUUCGCAUGAUUAACUUUGGUAAACAUGCCGGAAAGAAAGCCUGCUUCGAUGUGCGUCGCGUGAAGAAUGGAGAGGAUCCGCGAGAAUUGGACCAAAGUAGUAUGUCGCUAACCCGUUCGCUACACGACGACGAUGAAAUUGAUUUUUUAGACUAA